GCGGUGCCGACACCAGCGCCGCUGCUGGCCGCGGCGCCAGCGCUGGUGCUGCCCUUCACGCAGGCGCUGGCGGUCGACGACGUGGACUCGCCCCCGCUGCCCCUGCUGCCCCCUGCGCUGGAGCCGCCGCCGGCGGGCGCCCAGUUUGCCGCGGCGCAGGUUCGGUGCGCUGGCCUGGAACUCCAAGGGCUACAAUACGGAGAGGCACUUGGCAAACCAGUUCCAAGGACGCCGCCAAACAUGUUCGAGUGCCAGGCAGAUUCUCGCGCGGACGGGCCCCUGCAUCCGAACGACCUGAUGGCGGUCGCGACGCCACCGUCGGACCCAGAGGCCGAGCGGCUCCAGCAGCGGAACCCCGGGAGGUCCCGAUCUCCCCGCAGGCCGACGCCGGCGCCGGUCAAGGUUCCUCCUCUGCCAGCGCCGCUGCCGCCGCCACCCCCCACGGCGGUGCCACCAGAGCCGCCUGCGCCAGUGCCGCCGCCCACAGCGGCGCUGUGCGAGGGCCUCCCGCCGCCGCCGCCGGCGCCGCUCCCGCCGCCCCCGCCGCAGCCGCGGCGCCGGAGCCGCUCCAGGGCGACAUCCUCCUGGCACGGCCGGCGGAGCUGGGGCGACCCCGGCGGUGGCGGCGGGCGGAACGAGCCCCCGGGCGGGCGUGACGCCUGGGGCUCGUGGGGACAGAGGCAGCACGACAACGGCAAGAACGAUCGCAUGUGGAGCUGA